CUCAGGAACACGCUGCUGCGGUAUUAAAUAAGACCAUUUGGCCGUGAAACGACACAUCAAGGCUGGUCCCAUCCCUGUGUCCGUCUGGUACUGACUGCGGCGAAUUUGAGUAAUCGUGGCCACGUUUUAGUAUUUCUUUUCUUUCUUCCUAUAUUACAUUCGACUUCUUCGCCCUUCGACUUCACUGACUACGUCAGGACCCCCUUUUAAUGGCUCCAAGCACUCUGUGGACCAGAUUCAGGAGUUUUCGUCGCAUUGUUCUCGCUCUUGCCGCAAUUCUUUCCUUAGCAUGGUCCGUCAUCAUUGCCGUGUAUAUCGCCAACAACUUUUCAAGCUACAAUUCCGGCCAGCGCGGAUUUCUCUUCGGUCUCCUUGCUCUUGAUUUCGUUGGUUCGAUUUUGUUGUAUCUCAUGAUUGUCGUACAAUAUCAAUUUUGGCCCGAUGCUGCACGAGCCAUCGUACUUUUGGGUCUUUACGCUGCCGGUGCCGUAGUCUUCAUGAUUCUCAGCCCCAAAUUUCCCUGCAGCGCAUUCGGUUCGACUGCGAAUUGCCAUAUUAUGACAAUGGUGGUCCUCAUAGGAACUUAUGCUAUCUCCGCACUGAUGCUUAUUUAUGCCAUCUGCCUCCCCGUCAUGGCUUUUGUCCCUCGUACACCCAGCUCAACUCAAGCUGAUGAUCUGGAGAAUCGGCCUAAUAUUGCGGAGGUCAAUGACGAUCUGCGCAAAUCUCAUGCGUCGUCUGCGUCUCACGCGUGGCUCUUGAAAAACCAAGAGGGGAUGUCUCCUGAUCACUCUGCGUCGGAGCUCCCGUUUCCCCCCGAAAUGCCUGCUGCUCGCAGACUCCGUAGCAAUGCCUCGUCAUUGUCCUCGUUGCAAAUGGCACAACAAGCAACGGGUGAUGAACGCAUUGAACUGGAACCGCCGAGAGUCACUUCAGUCUACUCUGACGCAUCUUCUCCGUCUAGUAUUGCGAAAACCAUCCGUGCUCCAGACGACGCCGAUAGAAGUCUGAACGCAUACGGCCCAUCAUCUCCGGGACAAUACCUACGUCACCAGAAUUCAAUUCAGUCGUCCUCUUUGCCCAACCGCUUCGUCGGCGAGGCUGUAGAUGGCAAUCGUGAUUCAGUGGCCAGCAGCUUCUACGGAUCGACUUAUGAAUUCCCCACGGUUUCCGAACCACUCGCCGAGGUACCUCAUCGAACCAUGAGUGUGAUCACCGGAAGUUCGGCAUCAGUGUAUUCCCAAAGCACUAUAACUGGUCGUGCCAACACCACACCAGUCCCCAAUGCAACUGAUCAGCAGAGCAAUCUACUUGCAUCAUCGUCGAUGUCGCGCGCCCCUCACCUGUCUGUACAUUCGAUGAUGGCCAGCGUCCAUGAUCAUGCGGAGGAUCUAUCUGCAGCAGGAUCAAAUCCAACCACAUUCGAGUUUCACCAUUCUGAUGUCCCCAGAAGAGAUUCUAAAGACAAGUUAUCAGAUUUUCCUCGGGACGUAGUGCGAGAUCCUGUUCAACUGCCCACGCCAGUUCGACCUGGAUUGCAACAUGUUCGCACUGAUUCUACGAAUUCUAAUGUCAAUCUGAACGACUGGAGGAGACUCGUGCUUAGUGCUGCUGGACGAGAAUGAUGAUGAUCUUGGACCUGGACUUUCACAUACAGUUAUCUAAAAGCACGAUUGGCAUUUUAUGGUCUGCCUAUAUGACCUGGUUAUAGCGUUUAGCGCUGUCUGGACUUGAGGUCCAUACUCACAACGUACUCAUCUGUACUAACUUUCCUUAUGAGGAUGACGUCACAUUACUUACCUGUAGUACUUGGUUGAUCCUUACUUGUGGAC